AUGUUUCUCAGAGGUACUCUCCUGGGAAUUAUUCUUUGCAGCAUCCACUGGACAGAAACUACUCUGCCUGGCUCUAUUUUUUUAAGCCCUGAACAUAAAAGAACACAGCAACAAAAGGAUCCAAAAAAACCCACAGCAUAACUUCAUAGUUGAGGCACAUAAGGCUUUUGGGAUACAGAUGAAGCAGGGGCAGAUGGCAACAGUAACAGUAUUGAAAUUGAGUUUAAUGUUCCCUUUGAAAACAGUGGCAAGAUAACAGAAGAAGAGUUAGAAUAUCACGAAUAUGGACAAGCGCUGGAGAAGAUGCUAGGGGACACAUUUGAAGAGAAUGCUUACAGGUACUGA